AUGACUGCGGACUCUAAAGACUCUUCCAACUCACGAAUUCCAAUUUGGCUAGAUUGCGAUCCGGGCCACGAUGACGCUGUAGCCAUUUUACUUUCGUGCUUCCUUCCCCAAUUCCAUUUGCUAGGAAUAAGUGCGUCUUACGGCAAUGCCCCAGCAGAAAAAACCGCUUACAACGCUUUGUCACUAGUCACCGCAAUGGGCAAAUAUGACCAGAUUCCUGUUUAUGCUGGGGCCCAAAAACCAUGGUCUCGUAAGGCUAUUUAUGCCCCAGAUAUUCAUGGCCACUCUGGUCUAGAUGGCACCUCACUGCUACCUGUACCCAAAGCACAGCUUUGCACGGAUCAAAGCUACCUCGAUGCGAUGUCCAACGCAAUCAAUGCAUACCCAGGAACCAUUUCUAUUGUGUCUACGGGAUCACUGACUUCGGUGGCAACGUUGUUCAAGGAAAGACCUCACUUGAAGCCCUUGGUCAAGUUCAUCAGUGCCAUGGGUGGAGGCAUCAAUGAGGGGAAUAGAAAUGAAAACGAAACUGCAGAAUUUAAUAUAUGGAUAGACCCUCACGCUGCUAAUUCGAUACUCGAUGAUGACAUACUUAGUUCCAAGUUUAUCUUGGUACCAGUGGAUCUUACUCACAAGGCAAUUGCUACCAAAGAAAUUGAACGUAUGGUUCUUUCAGAUGGUGCAUCGAACCUUAGAAAACUGUUCUACGAACUUUUUCUGUUCUUUGGACACAGCUACGAACACGCCCAGGGCUUCGAAGCUGGUCCUCCAGUACACGAUCCUUUAGCACUGAUUCCACUGCUGGAAUUUUAUGGACUCGAGAAACCUGAAACAAUAGCUUUUGAGUAUAAACGCUUACAACUACAUGCCGUUGAGCAUGAAAAUAGUCCCAAUUUGGGCCAAACUAGAGUGCUUAAAGAGUAUCAGAAAAAUAGCACCAAUGGAUCCAUAGUGGGGUUCAAUCUCAACAUGUCUUUUUUCUGGCAUCAAGUCGAUUUGGCGCUUGGAUUGGCCGCGCAGAAUGCCACCAUUUAG